AUGGAUGGCGAAGAGAUGGAUGUAGACGUCCCCGAUACUUUGUCGUCCUCUAUUAUAGCACCUCCUCUAUUCUCUGCACAAUUAUCGCCCGCCGUCCUAGAAAUUGACAAUUCGCACACACUUGAAAACGAAAACGGGGACGCAGACAUCGUUGCUGCGAGCAAGGGUCGGAAGCAGGCUGACAGAGUCCAACCCGACGAUCUUGUGCACAAAUCCCCCACGGAUGAGCCAGCUGCAGGUAAUAAUUGCCUCGAAGACGACGAUUUCGUUGAGGAAGAGGAACCGAAACUUACAUCGAAGAAGAAGGCACUAUCGAAACCCACCUCCGCUGCAACAUCGAAAUCGAAAUCUAAGGCAAAAGAAAAGCGGUUCUCUCGGAAAGUGGACAUGAGGACGACGAUAACGACAACGACCCUCCUCGUUCGAGGUCCCAUAACCAACCUAUGUAGCAUCAAGCAGCGGAUGCUCGACUCUUGCACUAUUGCUGGUGCUGGUGCUUGCAUAUCCGUUCGUGGUCCGUCGCUGUCACCGUUUGGAACCACGUCCGACACAAGCCGUCACGGUUUGAUAUUGAUUUUGCUAUGUCCAGACAUGAGCACUGUGGAUUUCUUCAAAUUCCUCCGACUUCAUAGAGGCACUGGAUCUCAGCCAAAGAAUCAUGGUCUUCAUAGCACAGUCUAUUAG